AUGUUCGCCGCCUUUCUGUCUAGGGACAUGACUUACUCCUGUCCUAUUUGGCGGACUGCCCCUUUUGAGGAGUCAAAUCGCAUGGUGGAAAGCUUAGAGGAUGCACAGCACCGAAAACUUCAACGCUUCAUCCGGGGAGCAAAACUGACGGCAUCGGAUCAUGUCCUGGAGAUCGGGACGGGCUGGGGCUCCUUUGCGAUUGAAGCGGUAAAGCAAACUGGCUGCCGUGUUACGUCCAUCACAUUGUCACGUAAACAGAAGGAGCUGGCGGAGAAAAGGAUCAAACUGGCCGGAGUGGCUCAUCGCGUUGAGGUAAAGUUGAUGGACUACCGUGACCUACCAACCCACUCAAAACCGUUCGAUAAGAUCAUUUCCAUAGAGAUGGUGGAAGCCGUCGGAAAGGCUCAUCUUGCAGAGUAUUUUGCCGGAAUUCAUAGGUUGCUCAAGCAAGACGAUGGCAUAGCAAUGCUUCAGUGCAUCACCAUACCAGAGGCUCUCUUCAUCGAUCAGUACAUUUUCCCUGGUGGCUACUUGCCGUCCAUUACAGAGUUGCUCAGCCACAUGACAACGCAGUCCAAAGGCACCUUGAUAGUGGAAUCUGUUGAGAACAUUGGAGCUCAUUACGCAAGGGCAUUGCGCCUAUGGAAGGAGAAGUUCAUCAUGGAGUUCGAUGACAAGAUCGCGACUACCAUAUUGUCUCAUGCUCCAACCACGUCCCAUGAGGCCACUGAGAUCUUCCGCCGGAAAUGGGAGGUACGUUACGUACUGUCUUUAUGCUAUAUGCCACGUCGCGACAAGUUUGCAUGGUAA